AUGUUCACGUGCCUUGGAUGUUGUACACUUUUCCUCAUCUUGUUUGGUCAAGGGACGUCUGCAAAAUUUGUGUUUUUAAAUCCACCCCAGAACACGACUGCUUCUGUUCCAUUUGGYGAUAAUUUCGUCUUCAAUUGUUCUACUAAUGGUACCAUAGUAACUACAGAAUUAAUUAAGAGGCACUCUGGUCAGUGGGUCUCUCUACCAAGUACCUCUUUGAAAUUGGUAGAGCUUGUAAGGAGUGGCGAUGCUUUUACAAUUUUAGACUUUGGRCUUCCCGAUUCAGGAAACUACAAGUGCCGUGCAACYGACAAGCUAACUGGGCAAAAGAUYGAAUGGGCAGAUCCUGGCAUGUWCCURUUUCCAGAURRUAAAAGACUUCCUGCAAUGUCUGUUGUCCCAGACAACGCAGUGGUUAUACCAAAAGGGAAGAGCGUCAAUUUUGAAUGUACAAGUGCAAGCGCCACAAAGCUCACAUGGUACAAAAUUGUUUCAGACAAGAAGGAUAUUCCUGUCCCAGGUGAUAUGAUUAAAACUGAAGUAACAAUGACGAAAAAGAAAGUUAUCCUUGCAAUGAAGAACGCGCUAGGGGACGACACUGGAAACUACAAAUGUGUGAUGUCUUUCAGAGGCAAGAGGAAGGAGAAGAUGAUCUCUCUGAAAGUUUUCU